AUGUCAUUACAUACAGUCGUUAUAGAUCACAAAUUAAAACCAAAGAAAACGCAAUUUUCAUCAAUUCAAUCAAAAAAAUCGGUGAAAAAGUAUUGGUUAAAUAACAUACAAAGAGGAAAUAAUUCGUUCAGUCGAUCAACAGAAAAAUAUGAGUCAUUAUACACAAUUGCUAAUGGUCUACAUACGGAUCUAUCUUCGAAUGCCAUUCUUGAAUCAUUUCUUUGGGCUUACUAUCGACAUCAUGAUAUAGUUCUUUCACCUGAUGAUAUGUGGUUAUUAGUAUGUAUGUUUUUUGCUCAGCAUGUUAAUGAUAAUGCCGAACAACUUCGAUCAAAUUUUGUUGAACAUAAUGAAGGAAAAAUAACGUUAACUAUAUGUGAUUUCAAUGACAAAUAUGACUGGGAUGACUUUUAUGAUCAAAUGAAAAAAGAAGUUGUACAAAAUACAAAGAAUAAUAUCUGUCAAUUACUAACAGCUGAUUUUUCUACAACUGGAAAAGUCGAAUCAAUUCUGUCCACUGCAUGUAUUAUGAAUACAUUUAAAUUUUACUUUAAAUAUCAACGCGAAAUAUGCAUCUGUGGAAUUCGACAAGUACAUUUCAUGGGUACAUUAAAUGAUUGGCAAUCUCUUCGUAUUAAAACUGAACAAUUGAAAUUAUUUAGUAAUGAUCAGUUUCAUGGAUAUUUGAACGGUGUAUUGUCAAUUUUCGAUCAGUUUAUCGAAACCUACAAAGGUAAUGUCAAUCAUAACUUUUGGAUUAAAGUAUGCGAUGUUAAACGAAAAACAAUACCAGACAUUAAUCCGUGCGCUCCCUUUCAGCUCUCCUUAUUUCCAAAACGUAUACCCAUAGAGAUGCUUACUGGAUGGGUAGUGCAAUUGUUUGGUUUAGAAGAAUUCAUAAUUGAAUCCGAUGAAGAUGAUUCGAUUCUACCAUGUAUUAAUACACCAGUAGAUUUGCUAGAUGGAAGAAACGGUACAAGUGAUCAAUGUCACAUUGUUGGAGGAUUUCAUGGAAUCUAUUCGACAGAAAAUCGUUACAAACCUGUAAUGAGUGUGUCAGUUAUUCAGAUGUUCAAGUCAAAACCACAAAAGCAUAUCUUUAACGAAGAAGACUGCACAACAUAUUUAUAG